CCCUUUUUUGUGAUUCUCAUAUUUCUAACUUCAUAAUAUCACCAUGGGUUCCACAAAGUUUUCAUCUUUUUCCUACUCCCACUUACUAUAUCUAUAUGUCUAGUUCUUCAUAAGAACUGCAUUGUAACAUACCCUUUACUAAUUUGAGUAAUUUCUCUUUUCCAUGGCGAAAAUCCCUCUUGAUUAUAGUCCUUUGCUUUCUAAACAUGGUGAUGAAACUGAUGAUGGUUAUGUCAGAAAGUUAUCACCUUUUGUUGUGUCAGCUACUAAAUGGACUCUUAGGACUUUGAUUUUCAUAAUCUUUGUUUUAUGGGCUGCUUUCAAUUUUCUGUUACCAUCAGAACCUGUUCAUGAAUUGUUCACAAAAUGGAUUCUUUUCAGCCAAGGAUCUUCCUUUGGAAUCACAGGAAGCAUUUUCAUGAGUCACAGUGUUCCAGUUCUUGCAGUUGCAUUCCUUGCCAUUGCACACCUGAUUAUUUCUGGGGAGGAUCAGCUUCCUGAGAAUAAGAGUUCCAAGUAUCCGAGAUUUCGCCUAUGGACUUUUCCUGUGCUUAUCAAUGGACCAUUUGGGGUUGUUUCUGCUACAGAGUUCAUUGGGAUUGUCAUUUUUGUAGCAUAUGUUGGUACAGGACUAUAUGUCAUUUCAUCUACCUUGGGCUUUGUGAUCUUACUUGCUUUGUUGAAUAUUUACUAUAUAAAUCCAUUUGGUGUGUAUCAAUGGUGGUACAAAGGGUUACUAUUUGCAGUCAUUAUGGUUGCAAGUGUUGUUAUCUUUGGUGGCAUAGUGGUUGGAUUUUGGCAUAUGUGAGAAAAGCAAAGUUCUCUCAAGGAUAAUUCCAAUAACAUCAAGGUUGAUAAAAUCGCGGAAAAUGGCUCCGUAGCUUCCAAUGAUCCAAGUUCAGACAAUUUUGCAAAGUUAACUGAUCUUCGAUAUGGUUCUAGGCCAGACUUUAAAGAGAUUUUUGAAUCGAUGUCAGAGAAAUGGGGGCAUGUUGAUGUUGGUGUGAUAGUCUGUGGUCCUCCAACUCUUCAAUCAAGUGUUGCAGAAGAAAUCAGGUCACAUAGUUUGACAAGACAAACUUAUCAUCCCAUCUUCCAUUUCCACAGCCAUAGCUUUGAUCUUUAGCUUCCUCCAGAUGUUAGAAAUGCCUUCAAUAAUGGAAAAGCAUGCAUAUAUAAUGUAUAUAUAUAGCAGAUUCUCCGUAUGAGACCAGUCAUUAGCCUAGUUAGUGAAUAUUUUGCACCUUUAGUAUGGCAAAAAAAAUUAUUGCCAAAUUGCUAUUCAAUUAUGCAGUCCAUUGCAAGAUAAGGUAUUAAUUAUAACCUUUAAAUGGAGUCUAUAAGGAAUUAUAUGUGGGAUGAUACUUAUUACUCCUAAUGUGAAUAUAUUAUCACUAGAUAUAUACUA